UGAGCCAUGAGAGUGUACAGCAUAUAAAGUUGAAAGACAUGUGGACAGAACUGGACAUGACUUGGCAGCGUUAAGCAGAGGGAGAGAUUUGCAGUAUAAGCUUGAUCAUUCAGCCACACCACAGCUGUUAGAUUUGUCAUGCACGCUGAGAGAGAGGAGUUGAAAACGUAAUCGAUCAUGCUGGUAAAGUCAUGACAUGUGUCAAAGCCUUCAUCCACAAGUACACUAAACAGGGCAGAGGGACAGAUAACACAGCAGUUUGCCCGGUAAAUAUCUCAUUUGGUUUGGAAACAAAGAGCUUAGUGUACACAAUGUACUAAUAGAAAUGAACCCUGUAACAUCCAAGGGGCGUUGAUGAGAACAUGAAGCAGGUAGAAGAGUGAUCAGGACGCCCUUAUAAACCAACAGAGAUGAAGGAAACUGCAAUCUCAGUCGUGUGGUUUAUGACUGAUUAACUUGAUGUGUUUGGUUGACCUGCAGCUUUAAGGGAUCAGAACUGAUUGAUCGGAAUCUGCACCUGAAAAUCUUUCUCACAGCGUUCAGAGACAAAAAAAAUAUGACAACACAUACAAGACUCUUGGAUGAGUUGUGUCACCUCACAGCUCAGUCGCUGGCAUCACUGGAGACCUCAGAUCAUUUCCAGAUCAUCAAACUUCUUGGAGAGGGCUCAUACGGCAAGGUCAUGCUAGCUAUGCACAAGAAGAGAGGAACUCCAAUGGCCCUUAAAUUCUUUCGACGUGACUCCACGUGUCUCCUGUCAUUUCUGAGGGAAUACAAUCUCUCUUUGGCCUUUUGCACGCACCCGUCUUUAACUUCGGCUCUUGGUAUCGCUUUCUCCACUCCUACCCACUAUGUGUUUGCACAACAGCCUUGCAUCUACGGCGAUCUCUAUGAUGUCAUUAUUCCUGGGAUCGGUAUGGAGGAGAACCGUGUUCAGCAAGUGUCAUCGCAGAUCAGCGGUGCCCUCACUCAUCUCCACUCGUUGGGUUUCGUCCACCGUGAUGUCAAACCCGAGAACAUCUUCCUAUGUGACCGUGACUGCCGCUGGGUCAAGCUUGGUGAUUUCGGCAUGGCGAAGGCUGUGGGCGCCAGGGUACCGUGCAUAUGGUACAGCUCUCCAUACUGCACACCAGAGUCUAAAAUAGCAAGAGUGACGAAGAAGAUCGACUCUGGAUGCUUUGAAGUGAACAACAAUGGGAACAAGGAAAAGGUGCACUGUGAAAAACCUGAAAGGAUGUACUGUACUGUAGAUCCCAGUACAGACAGCUGGGCUUUGGGCAUUCUGGUCUAUGCCAUGUUGACGGGAAACCAUCCAUGGUCCGAGACUGUAUCAGACAAUGUGGCAUACAAAAGGUAUUUACAGUGGAGGAAAUGGGGCAUUUCGGUAUCAGAGAAGAUUUGGUCACACCAGGAACCUUCACGCUUUAUGGUAUUCACUCCUCUUGCAGCCGGUCUUUUCAGAUCUCUGCUUCAUCCCCAGCCCAAGUGUCGUGGGAGACCGGAAGAAAUGGGAGAGUUCCUUGGUGGAGCUUGGCUGAUGGAUCAAAAGAAAGUCUAGUUGAGAUCCGACCGUAUCAUCUGGUCUAUCACUUUUUGUGUCAGGACAGUACUGCUUUGAUGGUUACCCUGAUAGUUAAUUUAUUCUGUAUCGGUAGUCGUGGCCUAAUGAUUCAAGAGUCAGCCUUAUAAUCUAACGGUCGCCGGUUUGAGUCUCACAAUCGGCAGGUUGCAGUUAAGGUGCCCUUGAGCAAAGCACCUUACCCCCAAUUGCUCCCCGGGUGCUGCAGUAAUAGUCGGUGUUGGGGAAAGUUACUUUAAAAAGUAAUGCAUGACAAUAUAAAGUUACUCCCCAAAAAAGUAACUAAUUGCGUUACUUAGUUACUUUUCAAGGAAAGUAAUGCUAUGUUACUUUUAUGUUACUUUUUCUUACUUGGCUGAGGCUUGAUUUCAUUCAGGCCUUGCAGGCCUGUCAUCUCUGUUCACAAUAUAAGUUAUACUUAUACAUUCAACAAUAUAAGUGAUUUUGUCACUGUGUGUCGCUCAUCUCCUUCAACGAGGUUGUUAGGGGGCGCUUCUAAAUCUGGUUGUCAUAAACAAAUUAGUAACGUCCACUCCAGUAACUGACGAAAGACGUGACCUCCACUGCUUCGCUCUCAUUGGUUAAGAUCUCAUAAGUUAAAC